AUGGAAGGUGGUCGUGUGAAGGAAAUAAGAGGACUUUUGGUCUACGAAGGUUCCGAUGAGGUACUCAUGAAGUAUGACUUUGGUAAAUCUGUUGGAGCGAAACGUGGUCGUCUCACUGAAAUAAGUACGCUCCAAGGUGUCUGCGAUGUAUUUCCCAAAACUGUUGCGUUGAGUAAGUUCGAAGCCAAAUUUUUGAUUGAAAAUGAACAAGUCAAGUGUGAGUCGCUCAUUCCGCUUUCACAAGAAGAAGACAAAAAAUAUCAAUUGUUUAGUUUAUUAAUUAAUAAGGGAUACUUUGUGAAGGAUGGGUUCAAAUAUGCAUGUGACUUUAUGGUGUACAAAAAAAAUCCGAAAGAGUGUCACUCUUAUGGGGGACUUGUCAUUAUGGGGCUUCACAAUAUCGUCUAUAGAGACAUUCUGGGGUACUGCCGCCUAUUGCAUGCAGUGAAAAAAGUGCUUCUCCUAGCGUACGAAAAUGGUUCUUCCUAUGACGUUCAAGAGAUGGAGUGGGAAACACUUGACAACCAUUAA